AUGGCACUUGUUCUCGAAUAUAUCCUCCAAAACCAGGGGCUGUCAGCCAUUAUUUUGUCACUGCUGCUCGUCAGCUUGGUGGCGCUCCUUGCUUGUCUUCCCAGACAGCUGCCUUUCCCUGACGGGGCUCCCAAGUUGCUAUCAGAAGGAUAUCCUGUUAUUGGUAUGCUGCGGUUCUUUUCAGAUCGCUACAAUUUUUACACGGACGGCAUUGCUGCGUCCAAUACUGGCAGCUUCAGCUUCUACUUUGGCCAACAUCAGAUCGUCGGUGUCUCAGGUCCUGAAGGCCGGAAGAUGUUCUUUCAGAGCAAGUCAAUGGACCUAAAUGAAGGUUAUACGGCUCUUCUUUCCACUACGCCGUCUGUCAAAGACACUGAUCGUGCCGACUGGUAUUCCCAGGCUCGUGCCAGCAUGAUGGCUAGGGGCAACUUAGACCAGAAUCUCCCAUUCCUGGUUGGCGACGCAAUUACUACGUUCAAGCAGGCUUCUGGGUCUACCGUCACCGAGGGCUUCAUAGACCCAUUUGAUCAGGCCAACUACGCAGUGUAUCAGUCAAUAAUGCGAGUGAUUGGUGCAAACGAAAUUGCCGAUUCCAAGCAUCUUUGUACAAAGACACUCGAUCUAUUCGAGCAGAUCGAGAAGGGAUCCUCCCCGGCACGUAUAAUUUGCCCUUGGUUACCAACUCCGGCAUACCUACGCCGAAUGACGGCAAGCGUGAAGCUGUACACUAUAUUCUCAGAACUGGUACAGGAAAGAAAGAGUAGUGGAAGGGAAAGUACACUUUAUGCUAGCCAGGUGAAUACGCCCAUUUGCGUCGGUUGGUUAUUAGUCUAUCUAGCCUCAAAUUCAUAUUGGUUGCGUCUAGUUCGCAAUGAAACCGACUCUGUGUUGUCCAAGUACCGAAGUUGCAAUGAGACGACGGAGCAAACUCUCGGCAGACUGAACCUCGAGGCCUGGGAAUCCGAAUUUCCCACAAUUGAUCUGUGUUUGCGAGAGUGCAUUAGGCUCCAUGUUUCAGGGUCUGCCUUUCGAAGAAAUAAAAGCAACAUGGAUGUGCCGAUUGGAAAUACUGGAGAGGCGGUACCUAGAGACGCUUAUGUUUUCUAUCUCUUCGACGAGGUUCACUUGAACCCAGAUAUCUACCCCGAUCCAGAUUCAUGGGAUCCUGGCCGGUACCUUACGGAUGCUAGCAAAGAUAAAGAAGUCCCGCUUAGCUAUCUUGGUUGGGGAAAUGGACGCCACCCAUGUUUCGCAACUCAGUUGGCGAAGCUCGAUAUGACUAUAAUUGCGGUAGUUUUUGUUUCGAUGUUCAACUUCAGUCUCUGUGAUGAAUUUAGCAACCCUAUCAAUGAUCCGCCAAUGCCUGACCGAAGCCAUCCUAGUCACCGCAAACCCGAGACUGCCGUCAAGUUGAAAUACACACAUCGGAGAUUCUCAAUUCUUUAA